CUAAACAUUCCCGAAAAAUAUAAAAAAAAUAAGAGUUUUUAUGUUAUUUGCCCAAAAAAUUAUUAUAAAAGUAGAACUAAUAGAUUUUAGAAAUUUUAUUAGAAUUAAAAUACAAAUAUAAAAUAGACCGAGUUGGGUCGUGGGUGACCAGUGAGUUGUCUGGACUCCUGACUCCUGAGCGAGUGGGAGUAGUGUAUCUCAUCAUCCAAGAUUCCAAUCUCUCUCCGCUCUCUUCUGGAUCAAGAAAAAUGGAUCAUAUGAUAACCUAAUUUUAGAACGUUUUGGGGGAAAAUACGUGAAGAGUCGUCCAUCUUUUUCUCAAUUUCAUUGCAAAGUUUCGAAAUUGACAACCAUAGAUCUGAAAAUCCGAACUCAACGAUAUGAAAUUUCUGAACUUCAAAGCCCUAACGCUCGCAUUCGCAUUCAAUCGAUCUAUUCAAAUGUCGAUUUGUGUUGAUUGAUUAGUGAUCUUUAUCAUCAGAUCGGCGAAACUUCACAAUUUCACAUUAAAAACAACAAUGUCGUCGAAUUCGGACCACCAGACCCAUCAUGACCGUUCAUUUGUUUCUAAUCAGCAACAUCAAUCUACAGCUGUGAUUGUUCCACCGCCGUGCUCUCAUUUGGCGGAGUUCAAGGCUGGUCGAGGGGCGGCGGCGUUUGGUAAGUUACUGGAAUGCAUUCAAGUGAGGCCGCUAGGACGCGCCUCUGUGAGGAGACAAGCUAAUGAGGUCUUCCAGUGCGGCGCGUGUGGACAAUUGUCACUGCGGCUCUACGCAUGCGUGUCGUGUCCUGCUGUUGUUUGUGACAUACACGCGCCGGAUCACGAGCACGAGAUCGUCAUCGACGUUGAUCGAGCGGAGCUGUUCUGUGGUUCGUGCGGGGACCAGGUAUACGAUCGCGAUUUCGAUUCAGCCAUCGUCCUGUCGCAGACGGCGGCAGCGACACUAGGCGGAUGUAACUCACUUUGCGCACCGCCACCGGAGAAUCUAAGGAAGCGGCGGCGCGUGGAUUAUCGUCCUUGGACCCCUGAUUCAAAAGAACGCGCAUUGUUAGGGAGCAAUUCAACCUUGUUGCUGGGAAACGACGAAGAUACAUCUUCGAAUUCGAUCUUUCCUGUGGGAUUAAAAGGGCUAAACAAUCUUGGAAACACUUGUUUCAUGAACUCUGUAUUGCAGGCGUUGUUGCACACACCUCCACUACGGAAUUAUUUCCUGAGCGAUCGACACAACCGGUUCGUUUGUCAGCAGAAGAAUGGAGCUCAUGAACGAAAGAAUAAAAAUCCACUGAGGCUGUGUUUGGCCUGCGAUACAGAUGCUUUAUUUUCUGCUGUGUUUUCCGGUGAUCGGAAACCCUAUAGCCCUGCAAAGUUCUUAUACAGUUGGUGGCAGCACGCAGGAAACCUGGCAAAUUAUGAAAUGCAAGAUGCUCAUGAGUUCUUCAUUUCCAUGCUUGAUGGGAUCCAUGAAAAGGUGGAGAAAGAUGAGAAGAAGCCUCAUAGUCAAGAUUAGCUGGAGCCUGGAGGGAGUUCAACUUCAAGGUUUCCACUAGAUGACAACUCCUUUUCUAAAAAAAAAAAAAAAAAAAAAAUCCCUACAUAGAGAUGUGGCACAAAAAUCCUAGUUUUCACUUUUCAGGAUUAGUGGAUGUGAAAGCUAACUUAACCAGCAACUUCCUACAUUGGGAGUGGAGAGUGCUGUAUCGCGCAUCGUGUAUUCUCGGGAAUUCUACGAUCGGAUGUCAUGUGCAUGGCAUGUGGGUUCACAUCCACAACAUACGACCCAUGCAUAGACAUCUCACUGGAUCUCAUCCCACCAAUCAAUCCGGAACCUUCCGGAACAAAAACAAAAACAGAAACAGAAUCCCAACUAACACCGACACUAAUCGGUUGUCUAGACCGGUUCACGCGACCAGAACGGUUAGGAUCGGAUACAGACCAGAAAUUCUUCUGCCAACGAUGUAAAAUCCGACAAGAAUCUUUAAAACAAAUGUCCAUAAGAAAACUCCCAUUAGUCUCGUGUUUCCACAUAAAAAGAUUCGAACACUCCCCCGUUAAAAAACUGUCGCGAAAAGUCGACAGGUAUAUGCAGUUCCCGUUUUCCUUAGACAUGUCUCCGUAUUUGUCUUCGUCUAUUUUGAGGGGUAGAUUUGGAAAUCGGAUAUUUGCGUUUGAUGGGAAUGAGAAUGAGGAACAGGAUUUCAGUUCUGAGUUUGAGUUGUUUGCGGUUGUGACACAUACGGGGAAACUUGAUGCGGGACAUUAUGUGACUUAUUUGAGGUUGAGUAAUGAGUGGUAUAAGUGUGAUGAUUGUUGGGUGACUAGGGUUAAUGAGAGUAUUGUCAGGGGUGUUCAAGGGUAUAUGAUGUUUUAUGUUCAGAAAAUGCUUUUUUAUAAAGCAACUGACAAAAUCUGAUUUUCUUUUCUUUUGUUUCCAACUAUAGUGUAUCUGGUUUUUUUUUUUGUUGGAUUUUGUAUGUUGUCAAAGUCAAGUGUUGUGUUUUUUUUAUGAGAGAUGUUGCAACACUUGGACCUGAAUAUAGUUGGCCUUUUGUUUUGGUGGUAUUGGUUGGUACUAAUCAAGUUUUACCUUGGCCUUUUUUAUGAGUAUGUACUAUUCUUGUUGAUGCGACAUUAAAAAUUUACAAAAACCAAUGUGGUGUGUUGUUUUUCUCGAUUUUUUUAAAGCAAUA